AUGGAGCAAGAGUCUAAGAUUGCCACAUUUUACGAUUUGCCUAAAAGCUUCAUUAGCGACGCUGUAAGCAGAAUUGAUAUUGUUGAUAGAUUGGUGGUUCAAAAGUUGUCCAAAUAUUUGAGAGCUAUCGUUUUUGGCCUUCCACCGUUGAAGUUAAAACUUAAUCUGGAAAUAGAUGCUCGUCUAAUAAAGACAAUGUUCAACAAUUGUGAAGCGGAGUACGUCAACAUCUACGAUGAAUACACAGGUGUUUGUAGAGUGCGGUCAACCAAAACAUUCGAGGGAAACUACUUACAAACAGCUCUCAAUGAUAUAAAAAUGAUAGCCAAAAAUAAUGCGACAGAAUUGUAUUUUUCCUCACUUGAAAAAUCGAACAAAUUGGGCGCAAGCCUGUACGAAGACUCGGAAAAUGCCGGAGCAGAAGAGAUGAAUAUUAGUUCGGGGACAAUCGAGUUUAAGGACUUUUACCACAAGGAGAUUGCCACAAUUCUAUCCUAUUUCAAAAAAGGAGUGUUUGAACAAAUCAUCUUUCGCGGUUGCAAGUCCGAUGGAGGCAUGGAGCAAAUUUACAAACUCGAGCCGUGGAGAAUGGCAAAAAACUUUUUCUCAGAAUGGGACGUCGAAUUGAAUGGUAGUCUUUUGCAUUUUUUUCAUUUUACCGGGUUUAUAAUUCACAUUAACACCAUCACAGACGAAAUGGCAAUGGAAAUUAGAGAUAUUCUGUUCAAACGCGAGAUUUUCGAAUGGUGUGACAUUCAUUGCAAUUCAUCCGACUUUUCUCCACGUAAACUUGCUAAAGUGUUUCAAGCAGACUAUAUUGGUGGCGACAGUUUUCAAGUUAACUACUCCAACGACAUCUCCAAUUUUAGAAUUAUUUCGGAACUUUAUGUCAUUCGACCUACAAGCGACAAACCACAAACUAAAGACUGGUGGAGAGUUGUAAUCAGAAAAGAAGGAAUACCAUGA